UAAUAAGAACUUACCUGAACGUCGAGGAUUGACCGAUGAGUUUCGUACUGGGUUGGAACUAUUUUUAGACUUUGCUAGUAGUAAAUAUGAGUUCAUGGAUGGAAAUAAGUUAAGGUGUCCGUGUAAAAAGUGCAGUAAUGGUAAAUUUUAUGUGUGUGAUAAAGUUAGAGAACAUCUUUGUAGAUUUGGGUUUACUCCGAACUAUUAUAAUUGGACUUGCCAUGGUGAACCAUUUAUAUCUGAUGAAGGAUAUCGAAGAAGUGACCAAUUUUUAGUUAGGGAAGAAUGUAGCUAUUAUGACCAAUUGAACCCAUACGAGAGGAUGGUGAUUGAUGCAGCUGGUCAGAAUUUUGUUUCAGAAUCGAACCAUGCAAGUACUAGUUUUACUCCUACACUUGAACAAGUGAUAGGAGUAACGGGUUUUGAUGAGAAUGUGUGUAAUGGAACUUUUCCAUCUAAUCAGUUCUGGGAAGUGUUGAAAGCAGCAGAUGAACCUUUAUGGGCAGAUUGUGACAACCACACUAAGUUAUCAGUGACAGCAAGACUGUUAAAUAUCAAGGCAGAGCAUAAUGUGUCUGCGGAUUGCUUCAACUCUUUUGUUGAAGUAAUGCGGGAAACAAUGCCUCAUGAUAACAUCAUGCCAAGUGAUUUUUACGAUAUGAAAAAGCUAGUGGAUAACUUAGGUCUUUCGGUUGUAAGGAUUGAUGUAUGUAGUAGGGGUUAUAUGUUAUAUUGGAGAGAUGAUGAAAAUGCAGAAUCUUGCAAAUUCUGUAGCCAACCUAGGUACAAGAUUAACAGGAGGCAGGGUCGUAAUCAGAAGCGUAGACCAUGCAAGCAAAUGUUUUGUCUACCCUUAAUCCCCAGAUUGCAAAGGCUUUAUGCGUCUCAAGCCACUGCUGAACACAUGACUUGGCAUGCAAAUCAUGAAACAGAAGAGGGUCUAAUGUGUCAUCUUUCAGAUUGGAUCGUGUAG